CAAUAGGCUGAAAACACGGCCCAUAAUCGUGAUUUGUGCCGGGAUUAAGGCCCAUCAAAACAAGGCCUGGUUGUUGUUUACUCCUACUAAUUAUCUUGCCGUGUCCAGGACAAUAGAACCAACAGCAAGCAGGUUCUUCUAUCCAACAAAUUCAUGGCAGCGCCUUUCCGGCUCGGCCGGUCCGUCUGGACUCGUGCCGUUCGCCCCGACCCACCACCGCUCUCGAUGCUCGACCACCUGGCUCGCCUGAAGCAGCUAGCCCGAUCGAGCAGGCUCGCGGACGCGCACCGCCUGUUCGAUGGAAUGCCACGCCGCGACGAGGUUGCCUACGCCACCCUCCUCGCCGGCCAUGCCGCCGCGGGGGACUUCCCCGGCGCGAUGGCGCUCUUCUCCCGCCUCCGCGCCUCUUCUCCGCCGCUCGCGCCCGCGGACCCUUUCGUCCUCAGCCUCGUCUUCAAGUCCUGCGCCGCGGCGGCCGACGCGAGGUUCCUCCCGCACGCGGCGUCGCUGCACGCGUUCGCGGUCCGCUCCUCGGCCGUCUCCUCCGUCUUCGUCGCCACGGCCCUGGCCGACGUCUACGCCAAGGCUGGAUGCCUCGGCCUCGCGCUUAAGGUGUUCGACGAAAUGCCGCACAAGAACGUGGUCUCUUGGACCACGCUGGUUGCCUCGCUGACGAGGGCCGGCCGGCGCCACGAAGCGCUCCGCCGCUUCUCCGAGAUGCGCGCCUCUGGCGUGCACUGCGAUUCGUACGCCUACGCGGCCGCGCUCACAGCGUGCGCCGACGCCGGAUUGCUGUCUCGCGGGCGCGAGGUGCACGCCUUCUGCGCCAAGCUCGGCCUUGACUCGACGCCCUACGUCGCCAACACGCUCGCCACUCUGUACGCGCGCUGCAGCGACGUCGACCGUGCGCUGGCUGCUGUCAGCCGCAUGGGCACGCGCGACGUCGCCGCUUGGACGACGGUGAUCUCUGCCUAUGUGCAGACCGGCCGUGCAAAGGAGGCCAUCGAGGCGUUUGUCCGAAUGCUUCGUGAGGAAUCAUCAGUGGCUGCAUCGCCGAAUGAAUACACAUAUGCUGCAGUUAUUGCUGCGUGUGCAGAUAUUGCUUGGGUCUGUCUUGGGGAGCAGUUGCAUGCUCAAGCUGCAAGGAAAGGCUUCGCCUGUGCCCGCUCGGUGGCCAAUUCUCUUGUCACACUCUACACACGCGCCGCGGGCUGUCUGUCGGCUGCUGAUGCUGUUUUCCGGGAGAGUGUAGUCAAGGAUGUUGUCUCUUGGAGUGCCAUCAUAUCAGGCUAUGCACAGGAAGGCCUAGCUGAGGAUGCAUUCGCUCUGUUCAGAGAAAUGAGGCAUCACAGCGGCUGUCCUCGUCCGAACGAAUUCACUCUUGCCAGUCUCCUAAGUGUUUGUGCAACUGCUGCGUCACUGGAUGCUGGACGGCAACUCCACACACUUGCUGUUGCUGCUGGACUUGAACAUCAUGCAAUGAUCAGGAGUGCGCUCAUUGACAUGUAUGGAAAGAGUGGUAGCAUGUUAGAUGCUGAUAUAGUAUUCUCCCAUCGUGUGAAAGAUGAUGUUGUUUCGUGGACUGCAAUGAUCGUUGGAUAUGCUGAGCAUGGGCACAGCAAGAAGGCACUUGAAUUGUUCCAGGAAAUGUGUCAUGUUGGACUAAAGCCAGACCAUGUCACAUUCAUAGGUGUGCUCAAUGCUUGCUGUCAUGCUGGGGAAGUCGAGCUUGGAUUGAGAUACCUCAAUGAAAUGAACCAAAUUUAUGGCCUGUAUCCUGCCAAGGAGCACUAUGGCUGUGUGGUGGAUUUGUUGGGCAGAGCUGGUAGAAUAAACGAAGCUGAGGAACUGAUUGGAAAGAUAGCUGCCAACGAAAGAGAUGGUGUUGUUUGGACAUCUUUGCUUAGGGCGUGUGCAGCCCGAGGAGAAGAGGAAACUGGAAAGAAAGCUGCAGAGAGGGCAAUGGAGGCAGAACCAUGGGGCGCAGGAGCACAUGUGGCAAUGGCGAAUCUUUAUGCCAGCAAGGGACAAUGGCACGAGGCUGCACAAGAACGGCAUAUGAUGAAGCAGAAAGGGGUUGUGAAAGGGGCAGGCUGGUCAUCAAUCACGGUUGGAGGGGAGGGCAGGAGAGUAGGGGUGUUUGUGGCCAGUGAUCGCACACAUCCCCAGGACAGUGCAAUCUACAGGAUGCUUGAGUUGAUAUAUUUCGGAACUGGAAUGGCUCGCUAUGUACCUGAUCAGUUGGAUUUAGGAUCUGAAGUGGAUAUGAUGAUUAGCAGUUAACUGAAUAAGAAGCAUUGGCUACGAAUGAGUGCUAUGAUGAGCAUUUGUUGCCAGUCAGUGCAGCUUAGGAUGGUCUGGUCAUCCAAUCAUUUCUGCUACUGCACUAAAGCACUGAUUGAAUAGUUCAUAUACCAAUGCUAAGCUCGUUUGAGAGACAACUCUCGAUAAGAUGGGCACAACUAUGAGGCAACCAUGCUGCAUGCUCUGAUCCAGGCUUCAGCAUUGCAGCUUGUAGUAGCAGACAUGCCUUUUUUUUUUCUUUUAAGAUAAUGGAUAGAAAUCCAGCCUCUAUAUCCACAAGUGGAUAUACACAGCCAGUAGCAGACAUGUCUUACAAGAAUGGAUUUCAAUUCAAUGAGAUACCCACUGCAGGUUUCAUAUCCUAAAUCGUAAAUAUGUCAACUUGAUUCCUGCAUCAGAUGUACAGUGAAGAACUGAAGAAGUUCAUUUCUUGCUCUUAACCAAUACAAGUUGGAAGCAUUUUAUGCACACUGAUUUGGAGCAGACAGGAAUGUGGCAGACCGCGUGAUGUUGAUCUUAUUCAUCAGUUCUUUAGAAGGGAGCCGGACGGCAGUAGAGAUAUUCAUAGCAGCAUUGACGCUUUGGUGGCACCCAAGUUGCAUCAAUAUGUCUGACAUGCUGCUUGCUAAUAACUUGAUUCUUGACCAAGAUAUUAUUGCUUGGUGUCUUGGUGAUGAUUCUUCUUUUAUAUACAAUGUUAAUGUCAAUCCUUGUACUAUAGUAGAGUUGUUAGUACCAUAUUCUUUCUGACAACUGCUCCUAGGAUAUUCUUCCUUUUGACAUUUUGAUUAUGUAACGGUGAAUCAUGUCUAUCAGUAUGUAGACUUUUGACCUUCUUUGUACAUAUGCUCAUUAUUUACUAUCUUUUCUGACAAUUUGCA